UCUCGGUCCGCGCUCCCGGCCGGCCCCUGCGGCCCCAACGUCCCGGUCCCGGUGCCGGCUCCGGCCGUUCCCCGCGGGCUCCCCUCAGGCCCCGCCGCCAUCUUCGCCCCUCGCCGGCGAUGCGGCGGGCGCGGCCCGCGCUGCCCGUUCCGCUGCUGCUGCUGCUGCUCGCGGGGCCCCUGCCCGGGACUGCGGCCCCCAGGGACCCUGUGGACGAGUGCCACCGGGAGCUGCCGCUGGCCCGGAGCGCCACGUCCUGGAUCGUGGGCGGGCAGGAGGCGCCCGAGGGCGCGUGGCCGGGCGUGGUGAGCCUGCAGGUGCUGCGGGGCGGCGUGCGCUUCAUGCACCUGUGCGGGGGCGUGCUGCUCAGCCGCAGGGCCGUGCUCACCGCCGGACACUGCGUGGAUGGCCGCACGGACCCGUGCUCCUGGCGAGCCGUUCUGGGCGCGCACAACCUGCAGAAGCACGGCCCGUUCACGGCCCGGAGGAGGAUCAGGAGGAUCAUCGUGCACUCGCAGUUCAAGCGGGAAACCUUCGAGAACGACGUGGCGCUGUUCGAGCUGCGCUCGGCCGUGCGCUACAGCCUCUACAUCCAGCCCAUGUGCCUGCCCCCCGCCGCCCUGGCGCCGCAGCUGGAGAACAGCUCCGACUGCUACAUCAGCGGCUGGGGCCGCACGGCCGAGAAGGGUAAAACCUCCUCUGUGCUGAAGGAAGCCCAAGUGGGAAUCCUCCCUCCCAGCCUGUGCAACAGCUCCCAGGGCUACGCGGGGCUCGUGGACAACAGAGCUCUGUGUGCCGGCGCCUGGGCCGGGGGCACCGACACCUGCCAGGGUGACAGCGGGGGGCCCCUGGUGUGUUACCAGCCUGACACUGACAAGUAUUUCCUGGUGGGCAUCGCCAGCUUCGGCGUGGGCUGCGGCCGCCCCCGCUACCCCGGGAUCUACGUGCGCCUGUCCCAGUACCGAGCAUGGAUAAAAGCAAAACUCCUGCUGAUUAACCAGGCUCAGACCCCCCUCAGCAGCACCCUCAGCGUCCUCCUGGCUCUGGCACACACAGUGCUGGCACACAUUUUGUAGAGGGGAAACCAUCGUGUGGUUCUGCCUGGAAAAAAAAAACCAAACAGCUCCCUCCUGACUCCCAAUAAAACCAAGAGCCAAAGGAUGUGCACUUACUUUUUAGGA